CUAUUAGAUAGGAUAUGAUGAUGGAUGAUUGAAUGAAGAGGAGAGGGGUCUCGGAGUGGGUGUCAUGAUGGAACUGAAUUGAAUUUUUAGAAUUGCAAUGAACAUAAAAACCCCCCAUGAAACGGUGAACGCCCUGAAAUGGCUAGUUAGAGGAAGGCCACGCCACAAGUCGAAGGAAAGUAUCUUUUCACCUUUCUGAAUCAUCCGUAACAUGCACACGACGCUGUACGAGUGGGAAAGAGGUUUACCUACCAAAAAACUUGUGUAUGUAGCGAAAUUUACAGCCAUUUUAGAUGUUUGUUACCAAGUGAAGUGAUAUAUAAACGAUUUUUCUCUCGAUUUUUAACACAAAAUAACACGAGUAAACCGUGGGGAAUGGAGCUGAAGGGUCAUCUCACCCCCUUAUCAUAGUGAAAGCCAACUUCUCUGGCGCUAUUUCUUCAAUCCUGAUCCGGGUCGACAAGCAUGAGCAGAGCAUGCCUCUGAUAACAUACUUACUACUUACUGGCCGAUAGUUAACAUGUUGUUGAAUUGGUUUAGCCGGCAAAUGAACGAAAGGCUGCACAACGGUUCCGUUUCCGUGUAUUUUUCCGUCUGCCACAAUCUAACGAUAACCAGAUAUUCUACGCAAUCGCAAUAACUGGCUAGCUGAAGCUAAAAUAACACGAAAACUCCAAAUCGUAACUACGCAAAACUGAAAUGUUAUAUGAAGUAAAAUAAACCAGCCGAUGAUGAAUUCAAUCCACCAAAAAACAAGUCAAACUUCUUUAAUGGUCUUGGGUUUGCUCUGGUUCAAUCAUGUUACCUUAUUGUGACUAUUAAGUCCUUUGCUACGUUUUUCCCCUUUUUUGCAACAUCCGGUUGAAUAACGGGCGAUUCAAAACGAAGCUGUACAUGCGUUUAUAGUCUCGCGUUGACGAGUUGGAUAGUUUGGGUCUCGCGGUUUGAUUUGAAUUAGACGUUUUUUCAGGCAGCCUUGGGGCACUGGCCCCCCAGGUAGAUGCUCGCACUCGAUUGAGCUGCAGGUGCCACUCUCCCCUUGCCGGUACUUCCCCCGGCCGGGACCGAAGGGGGCUUAACUGAUAAUGUAGUUGAGGCAGCAAAAUGAUGAUGAAUUUUAUGAAGAGUCAAUUAAUUCAUAACCAAAUAUUUGUUCAACUGAUCGCUUGUUAAUCAACUCAUUGGAAUUUUUGUAUUAAAUGUUGUCUUACUCAACCUACGGCCUGCAAACGACUCAUUUGGCGACUAUAAAAUGGGAUAAUCUAGCCCCAAUUUGUUACUUAUCCUGUGAGACAUCGCGAGUAGUACACUGUAAAAGAUGAAAUUAGUUCUGUUCCUCGCGGCUUCCCUGUGCCUUGCCAUCGCCUUUGCACUGCCUGCCAAUAGCGGGUGCUUCUGCUCGUGCACAAACAGCAACGGUUCCGGUUACGCCAACGUCAAUGGCACUAUCUACCAUUUCAACAAAACGCACCCUCUAAACAGCAGCCUCAUUCCACCGACACCGGACUUUAACAAAAUCUUCGGAAAUGGAUUCCCCUUCUCAGGAUGAGGUUAAUAAAAAUGCGUUAUCGACAGGGCAGACGGAUGAAUAUGGACGAUAGAAAUGAUAUAUUCUACAUAAUGAAAUAAAAGCAAACCUAAAAUGUA